CAAACUUUAUUUAUAUGCAUGUCAGUAUAUACCUGUACACAUAUACACAUACACUAUAUUAUUCAUAGAUACAAUUAAUUAAUGAGUAGGAAAUAAUAAUAAUUUCCAAUAUUAUUUAUUUUCAAAAAAAAUAAAUGAAAAUAUAAUAAUAAUGUUGGUAGAUUGUUAUUAUUUCCCAACAUCUCAACAUUAAUUAAAGCUACUUUCCUUCGUAUGGGGGAGACUUUAUGGCAGAAAUACUCGAAAAGUCUUUAUCUCUCUCAUAUGGAGGAAAGUUGGCUUUGAUUAAUAGGUUGAGAAACAACAUUGACAUGACUUGUAGUUUAAACUACAAACUUUCAAAAUCAGCUGAUGAAAUAAACUGAAGCUUCAAGCAGUCCCCUUCGAGCUUCAAGAAUCAAGAUCUUCCUCCUCCGAUCAUGGUGCGUACUCGGGCCACCAGUUCUGCAACAACAUCUGACGAUCCUUCCAGAGUUGAAGCACCAAUGGCUCCUCCACCAUCAACCAAUUCCGCUGACAACCCUCCACAAACAAACCAGUCAAUUCCUGCUCUGCGUCGAUCUACUCCAGUCGACAGACCAGCUUAUGAAGACAUUAGAUCACCCUACUACAUCAGCACAGCUGAUCAUCCGGGCCUCUCUCUUGUCACUCCAGUUCUCUCGGACAAGAAUUUCCAAUCUUGGAAAAGAGAUUUCAAGCUCUCCAUUGGAGCAAGGAACAAGACUCCAUUCUUGGAAGGUACUCUCCUUCAACCCCCUGCAAAUGACUCUCUUUUUGAUCAUUGGACUCGUUGUAAUCAACUUGUUAUGUCAUGGAUUUUACAUUCGGUUUCACCCGAAAUCAAGAGUAGCAUCAUGUACUUUGAUACUGCUCAUGAAAUGUGGACCGUGUUAAACAAUCGCUUUAACCAAGCUAAUGGUCCCAGAAUUUUCGAAUUAAAUGAGACACUAACCUAUCUCAAUCAAGGAGAUGAUUCGGUUAGUGCCUAUUUUACCAAACUUACAGCUAUAUGGGAUGAAAUUCAUCAAUUGAGACCAUGCAUUCCAUGUACUUGUGCUGCUGCUGCACAACACUUGGCUCAUCAAAAUCAUGACCAAGUAUUACAAUUCCUUAAGGGCCUCAAUGAUACAUAUCAGGCUGUGCGAGAUCAGAUCCUACUCCUUGAUCCUUGCCCUGCCUUGAACAAGGUCUUCUCUAUGGUAAUCAACCAAGAAAGACAAAGGUCUCUUGGCCAUCGAUUUCUUCCCCCUUUGGCUGCUGCUUCAAGUUCUUCCAACCCACAAGAUUCUGCACCUACUGCCAAUGCAGUCUCGAAGAACAAAAGACCACGGCCACAUUGCACAAAUUGCCAAAAGCCAGGCCAUUAUAAAGAUAAAUGUUACUUCCUAAUCGGUUUUCCACCUGGUUAUGGCAACAAAAAAUCAGAUUCUACUUCUACUAAAAAAUCUGAUUUGAACACCAACAACCCGCAAGCUUCUCAAGUCACAUCUUCAACACCUGAUUUCAACACACAACUUACCCCAGCACAAUGCCAACAGUUGAUCUCAAUGUUAGCACAACAACUCCCCACAACAGAUGCAUCUACAUCUGACAAAGCUAUGAUCAACAAUAUCUCAGGAAUCUACAAUGACAUCGAAGAUUGGGAUAGCUAAGAGAAUUGGCAACCUAUACUACCUUCAACAAUUAGACAAUGAGGACAAAUAUUCAGUCCAAACUUGUAAUACUCAAUUGAAUAAUCUCCAAUGGCAUACACGCCUUGGACACCCCUCUGUAAUGGUUUCUAAUAAAGUCAAUAAACAAUUACAAAUUCCUCAUA